CUCCCGCGCCUCGCUCAGGCAUGUCCAUCAUGGACCACAGCCCCACCACGGGCGUGGUGACGGUCAUCGUCACCCUCAUCGCCAUCGCCGCCCUGGGCGCCCUCAUCCUGGGCUGCUGGUGCUACCUGCGCCUGCAGCGCAUCGGCCAAUCGGAGGACGAGGAGAGCAUCGUGGGCGACGGCGAGACCAAGGAGCCCUUCCUGCUGGUGCAGUAUUCGGCCCGGGGGCCGCGGGUGGAGCACAAGACCAAGCUCACCCCCAACGGCACCGAGAGCCACAGCUAACUGGACCGGCUGUCCUCCGGGUCGCCUGAGCCGAGGCCCCUGGCUUCCCGUCACCACGGCCUGUUCAGAACUGUCCCCCUGUGUGUGAGAGAGCCUUGUGGUGACCAGUGUUAUUAAAGCAUUUUCUGUUCAGCUCCACACUGCAUGGUGGAGUUUAAAGGUUGGGAUCACACUGCUGUAGUCUCCUGUAGCGUCUGAAGGAUGGCCGCCUGUAGAGCGCACACUGGAGAAAUCUACACGAGUAAUCAAAGCUGUUUGUUUCUUUGAGCCAGUGUUGUUUGUUUCUUCAUUUUUGUUUUGUUUGCUUCGUUUCUUUUCUCAGCUUUGCCAUAAUGUGAAUCUACUGCAACUAGUUAAAGCAACUAAUACUAUUUUAAAUGUAACAGUCUUGUAUAUUCUGCAAGUUAUGCAUAAAUAAUGCAUUUAAGUCUGAAAAGAGUCCUGUAGAGUGGGCUGACUUGCAUAAAGUUGCUGAAGGAUACAAUGUUUUUAUGCAUGUGCCAAGGGAUGCAAGAUGUGUGGAGAAUUGUAUUUGACGAAAGCAUGAGUGGCUAUAAGGAUGAGUUUGGGUCGCUGUCCUAUCCCGAACUAGAGCGUCUUGGACAUUGUACUGAGUGAAUGAGUUCCUUUUAAAUGCAUGGAUGUAGCUGCACUUUUUUUUAUUUAUGUCAGUUUUGUGGGAUUAGUCCUGCUAUGAAGCCGCAAAAAAACAGGAAUCCUAUGAUGGCUUUUCAAAGGUGCUGCCUUUCUUUUCUGGCACUGGAAUAUCUGGAUGGUUCUUCGUUCCCAUUUUGUUUUUCGCCAUUGGCUGAGCAGGAUUAUUGUGCUUUAACAGCAAUUUAGAUUUUUCUUUCUAAAAUUAUUUUUGCAUUAACAAGAAAUCAAAGCAUAGUGUCAUUUCAUGGUUUUUCAUUUUUAAUGGUGUGUUAGUGUUGUUCUUCUCUCCUUUUUUAUGAAAAGUAUGUCCUCACAAGAUUAUGUAUUUAUUACUUUUGUCAUUUUACAUGUACAUGAAAUACAUUUCUGAUGAGAAAUGCCAAGCAACUGAUAUGAAAAUAAUUUAUUUUUAUAUAAUACUGUGGUUCUAUCUUCUGGAUUCCAUUCCAACUGCGGUUUCCGUUGGGAAAAAGGAGAGGGGGCGUGGUGACGAAAUUGGCAGGAAGUAAUUGCAAUGAGAAAAGGUACAUGCCAUCUCCCCUCCUUCUGAGCUCACUGUCAAUGUUUGCAUUUAAUAUGUGGAUACAUUUAAUCUGUAAAAAGCUUUUGACACACAACUGCAGCUGCUUGAUGCAGUGGAUAGUCCACCAACUGCUGUGGGUCACUUUAAAUCAAUCCUGGCUUGCAUGUGUGCAGAGUUGAGGCCCCAGAGCUCCAAACUGUCCCUUACUCUAGCUUUUCAAAUGCAGAAAACAAAGCUUUUUUUAUUUUUAUUUUUUAUUCAGUGUACAUGUAAUGCUCACAGGGUCCCUAAUGCAAACCGCUCUUUCUGUACUGGAUAUGAACUAAUAAACUUUUGUAGCCAUG